AAUGUGCGGGAUGCUUAUGAUAGAAGUGUAAACAGUGCACUUUUUGACAUUGUAUGAGCUUGAACGUAUGUAUAUAUGUAUUUUAAAUGAAAGUUGUCGUGUGGUUUGUAAGGUGCUAUGUUCGUCAACCUCGUGGUCGUUUAAAAAUAACUCGAGGUCAUCACAGAGUAUAUCGCAAAUAGUUUCAAUAUCCUUCAGUGGAACAGAUGCAUGUGAAUGCAUGCGCUAUGCAUAUUAGGGUGACGCACACAUGUUUUCUGUAUUUAAUUUGAUUAUUCACAAAUUGUGAAAAUCCGAUAAAAAGUCGAAUACGUCUGUGUUUUCGUUAAAGGAAAUAAAUGGCACACAAAACCUACGAGUAAUUUUAAAAGUUGGGGCAUAUUUAGAACACCAUUAGAUUAGAACUUUUGACGAAAUCUGCUUAGGAUGUAGUAGUCGAGUGCGAGCUACCAUGCAAAUGGUUAUGGUUUCGAUGCUUGGUAGCCCCUCGGCAAGGAUUGUCAAGGCCUCCGAGUAUAUUUCUAACACAAAAUAAGAGCUCUUAUUAAAACUCCAUCCAUCGUUCAGAAUAAACUGUUCAUCACUUCAUUUGUUGAAAAAACAAUAAGCACGUAUUCAACAAGUGGGAGGAGCAACCGGCCGGAAGCGGAACAUUUAGUGCUAAAUUAGUUGGUUAUAUUGGCAUCGGCUAAGUGCAGACAGAAUAUAUGUAUGAUUUUAUUCCAAUUUCGCAGAGCACUCUGUUGUAGAGUCGCAAAGACUAUGUGCUGAUUGAGUUUUCGACGAAACAUGUGACAGUGCUAGAGAGUGCAAGUGAUAAAGACAAGUUUAAACAACGAAAUUCCGGAAGCUAUCGUGCUUUUUUAUGGAUAAAAAGUGAAUUUGCAUAAAUGUAUUUUGAGCUACACUAAUGAUGCUAAUUUCAAAAAUAAUAAAAAUAUAUUGCAAUAGUUAGAUUUAGAAGUAAAGCCUAAAUACGAGACGUGGAAGCGAUGUUCGAAAUAUUAACUAUGUGUACACCUAUGUAUAGUCAGCGCGUAUAUACUACUAACGAAGAUUCCUAAUGUAUUUUCUACAACAAAAUAGAAAAUAUAGAAACUAAUUGUAAUCGCAAUGAUAAAGAGAAGAGAAAUAAAACUUCGCCUAAAUGAAGAAUGAAGAAACAAAAUGUUCGCACGAUAUCUUUGAUCGUGUGCACAUUUACAUAUUUACUAGUUGGUGCUGCAGUAUUUGACUCACUCGAAUCGGAAACGGAAAAGCGGCGCUGGGAAGCUCUGCAAGCUAUCGAAGACAUGAUAAUACGAAAAUACAAUAUUUCACAAGAGGACUUCAAAGUAAUGGAGACAGUUGUGCUCAAAUCGGAACCGCAUAAAGCGGGUCAACAAUGGAAAUUUACUGGUGCAUUUUAUUAUGCAACAACAGUGUUGACCACUAUCGGUUAUGGCCAUUCUACGCCAAGCACAAUUGGUGGCAAACUCUUCACAAUGUGCUACGCUAUUGUGGGGAUACCCUUGGGCCUUGUGAUGUUUCAAAGUAUUGGAGAAAGAGUGAAUAGACUGAGCAGCUAUGUUAUACAAGCAGUGAGGAAAUCGCUACGUUGUAAACGAACUGCAGCUUCUGAAGUAGAUUUAAUAUGCGUUGUGACAACGCUCAGCUCUUUGACGAUAGCUGGUGGUGCGGCGGCUUUUUCACGCUAUGAAGGUUGGAGCUAUUUCGACUCAGUAUAUUACUGUUUUAUUACUUUAACUACGAUAGGUUUUGGAGAUAUGGUAGCUUUACAAAAAGACAAUGCACUCAAUAACAAACCGCAAUAUGUAAUGUUCGCAUUGAUCUUCAUAUUGUUCGGUUUGGCAAUUGUUGCUGCCUCGUUGAAUCUGCUUGUGCUGCGGUUUGUUACUAUGAAUACGGAGGAUGAGCGGAGGGACGAAGCUCAAGCCAUGCAGUUUUUGACCAAGUCCAAUAUUUGGACCAAAGAGGCUCUGCAAGUAGCCGUUAAAUUAGAAGGUGAUGUUAUUACUGCAAAUGGUUCCAUUUUAAGUGGAUAUGAGGGCCAUGAAGUACAGUCAAAUAGUAGUGGAUCAACUACAUCCAUGUGUUCAUGUAGCUGUGCACGUUUUAGUGCAAAUCGUCAUAAAAAGCAUCAAUAUAAAGCACGCCGUUCACCCUCGCAUAUACGUCAUUUAUUGCCGGAAGUAGUACCAAUGCAGGAUUUAAGUUACGAUACACACAGCCUCAAUGCGGACGGGCUCGAUAUUGUGGACACAUCAUCCGUCUCGCCUUCGAAACCUCACAGACAAUUACUCAAACGGAAUGUGUCGUUACUCUCUUUUCGUAUUUAAAAUACAAUUACUAUUAAAUAAAAUAAUUUAAGUAGAAUUAUACUAAAUACUUAGGUACACAAUCGUACGUUGGUAGGUAUGCUUAUAUUCAAUAAUAAUUUAUAUUUCGCAGGUACUUACAGCUUUUCAUUGUGCACCAAGAAAUUCGAAGAAGAAAAAGAAUAAGAUGAGUGCGUUUAUUUGGUGUAUUUGCUUAAAUAAUUAUGAAUUUUUAGUUGGAUCCCUCACGUGGAACACGACCUAAUGUAGAAAUUAAUAAACAAUUUUCUGCGCUUCAUUUGCGAAUAUGUAUGUAUGUAUGGUAAUUGCGAAUGCUUUUAAACAAUAAUUUAGAAUGAGGUAGAUAGGAUGUAUCUCAACAUAGCGGAAAAAAUCGCAUUUUAGCUACACAUAAGGGAAAAGCAUAAAAAAAUUUCCGAUUUAAAUUCGAGGCAUUCAGAAGCUUUUAUAGAAUUUUUCCGAACAUUUUUAGCAUUUAAAGCUUUGUAUAUAAUCUUGCAUUUCACAAAAAUUAUUGAUAUUUUAUUAACAAAAAGCUUGUUUGUAUCGAUCUGCUAUCAUGUUAACAAUGGGAUUCAAUAUUCACUUGACUCUCGUUAAAAACUUUGCUUAUUAGAAAUAUUUGGUUAUUUAAAUGCUUUCUUGUGCACCUAAAACUUUUGACGUUUAAGUAACAAAUAUCACCUUAAUACUGAGCUGAUCUUCUAAACAAAUUUUCCUAAUUCUUUGAGAAUUGAACCAUCAGCUUCAGUGCUUUGAUUUCAGUGGACAAUAUAUAAAUUAACUUCUAGUUUAGUUUAGUGAGUUCCCAAAAAUAGCAGAACGAAACUAAAAUCCAAACUUAUGUGUAAUAUAAAUGAAAUAAAAAUAAAAUUUUUUUUAAUUAAAAUUAAAGUAUAAAAUGGAUAUUUGCGGAAAACAGUGAGUAGCCGAGUUGGGGCCUUUCAAAAAGGGAAAAUCAAAUAUAUAUAUUGUAUUUUCAUUAAGGUUAAUUAGUUUUGUGCAGAAGAGCAUAGCCGUUUUUCAAUUUACAAUCAACGUGUUAAAUAUGAUAAACAAAUAUGCGAACUUAUUAUAAUUUCUUUUCUUUAAAAUAUGUAUUGAAUUACCA